CUCAAUCUAUCGUUCAGGUUAUCAAGAACCAGAGCCCAGCCAUGGGAACAGUGAUAGGAAAAAUUAGUGCGGAGACACCCAAAUAUCAAGUAUUAGCUAAAGGGACUGAUUAUGAAAUCAGAGAGUAUGAAGCUUCCAUUGCAGCGCAAGUAACAUAUGAUCCAACCCAGAUGAAAAGAGGAAGAGAUGGAGGCUUUAUGAUCCUUGCAGGCUACAUUGGAGCUGUUGGAAAACCCAAUAAUGUUAAGCCACAGAAAGAACAGCAGGAAGGGGAAAAGAUAGCCAUGACUGCUCCUGUCAUUACUCAAGAGAGUUCUCCUCCUACUUCUGAACCAAUUGCAAUGACAGCACCUGUCUUGACAGAAGAAGCUUCCGAACCAGGUGAUGAUGCUAAGAAAAUGGUAACCAUGCAAUUCAUUUUGCCCUCCAGUUAUACUGGAGAGAAUGUUCCUAGGCCUAAUGAUUCUAGGGUUUCUAUUAAGGAAAUGCCCAAAAGGAAAUAUGGGGUUGUUACUUUUAGUGGGGUUACAGAUGAGGGGGUUGUUAAGAAUAAAGUGGAAAAGCUUAGGAAGUCACUGGAAGAGGAUGGGUAUAGGGUUGCAGGGGAUUAUGUGUUGGCUAGGUAUAACCCUCCUUGGACCUUGCCAUUCCUGAGGACUAAUGAAAUUAUGCUUCCUGUGGAGUAGGGAGUUAUUGUGUUUCUUGUUUAGGGUUUUAUAUAAGCAGGAGAGGAGUGUUGAGUGUUGAAUGUAAUUGGUACUAUUUUUCUUGUUUAGGGUUUUAUAUAAGCAGGAGAGGAGUGUUGAGUGUUGAAUGUAAUUGGUACUAUUUUUCUUGUUUAGGGUUUAUAGAAACUCAGGAUUGUUGAAUGUAAUUGGUACUAUUUUUCAUGCAGAACAUGUUAUUAAAAAGUUACUUUGGGUUUCAUACCCAUAUUCAA